CGACGCAGUCCAGCGAGUCCGUGCGGAAAACCCUCCAGACUCCGAAGGCGUAGGAGACCGCGGAGAGCCAGUCAGACACGGACAGGUAGACCAGCAGCCUCCGGGGAGUCGUCCUCAGAUCCGACCAGAUCACGUAGGCAGCCCAACAAGUCAAGGCAUGUUCCAACACGCCACCAGCAGCCGGCCUGGUGUAUGAGCCUAGACCAGAGAGGGAGGAGCAGAGGAUCAGAGAGGGGGGAAACCCAAGAAAAAAAAUAAAACAGCAUGACUCAGCCUGCUUCAAUCGAUUCAACGCAGAGGCAAGUUUACACUGAAGACAAAAUGAUCAUCUUGAAAGCACUCGAGGACCUCAUUUUGAUGAAAGAUAUCCUUUACAAGGAACUGCCGCAGUCCAUCAACGUUCUCGGAGGCAUGUUGCAUAUCCUCCACAACAAUCCGUGUCAUCUGGAGAUGUGUGUUGACUCCUGGCCUACAUUCACCACUGCCAUUUGUUACCGUCAAAACCAGCGUUUCAGCAGCAGCAGCAGCUCUGGGGUGAUUCCUGACAUCUGCACCGUCUUCACCAAGAACUCAGAAACUCUGAGAGGUCUGCUGCUUAAUGAGAGAGUCGUAAACUGGAGGAACGGACUCCUAUUCAGAGGUAUACCAAGCUCACACUGUCAUCUCAUCAAAGAACUUGCCUCUCUCCGUGGGCUUGAUAUCACACAACGAAGGUGUUGCCGCUGCCAAUUUCCAUCCUGGAUGAAUCCCACGCGGAGCUCGUCGACACACACUUCGUACGGAGGCAGCCAGGAGAGCCUCAACCGCGUCAGAGCCUACAUCCGCCAUCUUCCAAACCACUGCGUGAUGGAUGAGCAGGGCUGGCCCGUGUCCUGGGUGCUUACCGACGAGCUGUGUGAGCUGAGGAUGGCCUACACCCUACCGGAGUACAGGCGGGCCGGUUACUUCCUGGCUCUGAAUCUGGCUCUGAUGCGUAGGAUGAGCUCUGCAGGUCUGCCCGUCUACUGCAGCAUCAACCAGCACAACCGGGCCCCCGUCAACGCCAUGACCUCCCUCGGCUUCUCCGCUUGUGAGGAGAUCUUAGUGCAGCUCGUAUGCAACGGCAGAGUCUGAGUGAGCCAAACUAAUGACAGUGAAGUCUGUCUGUAUGUUUUAUUGUAAAAGUGGAAAAUACAACAACAGCCCUCGUUGUUUCCCUGCAGUACUCAGGGGAUGCUGUGCUUUAAGAGUCCACUUCUGACAGCAAGUAGAACAAACUCAAAAAGAACAUUUUUGUGGCUUAAACCUGCAGUAGGCUGAAUAUGUUUGGCAUCAUUGGGCAAAACUUCCCAUAAUAACCUUUCAGCAUAUUGUAAUUCAAGUGUUCUGAGAGAAAACUAG